CUUUGCUUCUCUUGCAACGAGUACUAGUAGGCGUGUGCUGUCACUGUUAAAAUUCAGUACUAGUAUCUUGCUCAUGUUGCGACGUAUAGCUUGCCAAUCUCGCGCUAUAGCAGUACCACGCUGUUCUAUAGUAACAUCCGCUACUUUCACUUCAGAAGCUGUACAGUCAAUUACUGAGCCAUACUUGGACGCUGAAGAAAUAGUUCAGCCUAAUCGAUAUCUUUCUCUUUUUCCAUCCCCAAAGGUGGUUGUGCCAAGCUUUGAGCUAACAAGAAGAUUAGGUACAUUGAUCUCACAAGCUAUAUACUUAUUAUUUUUCGAGAAAACUUACAACAAGGAAGGGUUAGUUCGUGCCGCAAAUGAGGGCAUAUCUGUGAUAGGAGAAUGUAUAGCUAAUGAAGAAUGGAGUAGGAUGAGUCUCAUUGCAUCUAAAACAUUGGUGGAACAAGCGCAAAUGGCCAGGAAGAGAUGCACUCCUGACCAGCUAGCUAUGCUACGACUUAGCCCUGAUGAUGUUAUAUUAUCUUUCAUCCACUCUGCAUUCCUUUCCGGCAGAGACUUUAGGAAUAGAAAGGCUGAACAUGGUGUUGUCAGUAUCUAUUUCACAAUAGCUUCUUUUAUCCGUAAGAAUUCCUCAGUUCCAUGGGAAGCUACGCUCCCACAGCUGUUAGGUAAAUACAGGAAAGAUGUAAUAGUCGCUAAUGUUACCGAAUUUUUUGUGCUACUAUAUUCACGAUCAUCGAACAAUCUGUACAGGUUUGCUCGAACCAUAAGCCCUCUCGGUCAGUGGAAAGCCACCGGAGUGAACUUUUUUGAACUCGAUGGUACACGUCAGUAACU